UAAAUGUAGGCGAACCGCCUCAAGGAGAGAGAGAGAGAGAGAGAGAGAGGGAGGGUGUAUGAUGGUAGGGAGACAGCGGAAAAGAUAUUAAUUAGAAGUGACGAGGGAGUCGAAGAAGAUCUACUAGGGUUUGUGAAAUCUGAGAGUGCAAACCUGGGGAGUGAAAGCCGUGGAUACAGGUACUGUUGUUGCGCCGAUUGGCUGCUCUGUUACUUGUCCGGCAUGGAUAUGGACAUUGAUUCGCCUGCUGAAUCCAAUUCCCUCCCCCCUCGCUAUCGUAUUGUACAGAGGCUUAGUCUCCAAGGAGUUCCUGAGGAGCAUCUUGAGCGGCUUGAGCCUGGUUUAGUUGCUUAUGUCAAGGAGAACAAAUUUCGGGUACCAGAGCUGGUAUCUGCCAUCUUACCCACUGAGGAGGAAGUGUUGGAGGCGUAUAAAGAAUGUAAAGCAAGUUCUAAAGAAGACUUGGUGAGCCCAACCAUGACAGAACAAUUCCGUGAAAGUAUGCGUUUGUUACAGUGGUUGAUGUUCUAUGGUGAACCACUGAGUGCCUUAAAUAAACUUGCCAAAAUAAGUACUGGUCAACGUGGUGUUUGUGGGUCUGUUUGGGGCCAUAAUGAUAUAGCAUACCGCUGCCGAACAUGUGAACAUGACCCAACAUGUGCAAUUUGUGUCCCUUGUUUCCAGAAUGGAAACCACAAGGACCAUGAUUAUUCUGUUAUAUAUACGGGUGGUGGCUGUUGUGAUUGUGGGGAUGUGACUGCAUGGAAACGUGAGGGCUUCUGUUCAAAGCAUAAAGGUGCAGAACAGAUACAGCCCCUGCCAGAGGAGUUUGCUAAAUCUGUAGGACCUGUUUUGGAUGCGCUACUUGUUUGUUGGAAAAACAAACUAUUGUUUGCAGAAAAUGCAUGUCAGGAAUACCAUAAAGGGAGUGAUCGCAUUGGGGAAUUCAAGAAGGUUGCAAAUGAGCUAACAUUUGUGGUGGUUGAGAUGCUUACAGAGUUCUGUCAGUACAGUGAAAGUUUGCUCAGUUUUAUUUCAAAAAGGGUGUUUAUAUCAGAUGGUUUAUUAGAUAGUCUGGUGAGGGCGGAGAGGUUCUUGAGUAAAAGAGUCACAAGGAAACUCCAUGAACUGCUUCUGAAAUUGCUGGGGGAACCUGUAUUUAAAUAUGAAUUUGCAAAAGUAUUUCUGAGUUAUUACCCGAUUCUUGUAAAUGAAGCCAUAAAAGGGUGCAGUGAUUCUGUUUUCAAGAAUUAUCCACUACUAUCUACAUUUUCCGUGCAGAUUUUCACAGUGCCAACUCUAACUCCACGUCUUGUGAAGGAAAUGAAUCUGCUGGCUUUGCUGAUGGGAUGUUUAGGAGACAUUUUCUGUUCUUGUGCUGGAGAGGAUGGUCGAUUACAGGUUACCAAGUGGGGAAAUUUGUAUGAAACCACUCUUCGUGUAGUUGAAGAUAUUAGGUUUGUUACAAGUCAUGUUGCUGUACCUGAAUAUAUAACCCAUGACCAGCGAGAUGUCCCUAGAACUUGGAUGAAACUCUUGGCUUUUGUGCAAGGGAUGAACCCUCAAAAGAGAGAAACAGGUCUCCACAUAGAAGAAGAAAAUGAGAACAUGCAUUAUCCUUUUGUUUUAGGUCACUCUAUUGCAAAUAUUCACUCUCUCUUGGUGGCGGGUGCAUUUUCUGGUUCCAAAUCUGAAGAGACUGAUAUUGAGAUACUUUUCAACGCACAAAAGCAAGAUUUGGAUGAUGAAGAAAGCCUAAGACAUUCAAAAGUAGGACGGCUUUCCCGGGAAACCUCUGUUUGUGGUACAAAAUUCAAUGAAGCAAAAUCUGAUUGCCAACUUCUAAUUCCUGCCUCCGUUACAUGGUUGAUAUUUGAGUGCUUAAGGUCUAUUGAGAAUUGGUUGGGAGUAGAUAAUGCAUCUGGAUCUCUUUUUAAUGUGUUAUCUCCAAAUACCAGCAGUGUCUGUGCUAGCAAUUUCUUAGCUUUGAAGAAAACAUUAUCUAAGAUCAGGAAGGGCAAAUAUAUUUUCAGUAAAUUUACCAGUUCAAAUGAAGCUCAAGGUAGGCAAAGUCUGUCACUUGAUAAAACUGCACAACCCAUAGGGCAAGACAGAAUAUCAAUCAUGACUGGUAAAACUGAUUCAGAUAAUGCCUGUUACCCUGCAGGUUUUGAUGAUAUUACCAUGGAAGGAGAAUUAGAUGCCCUACGGGUUCUGAGUCUAUCAGAUUGGCCAGAUAUACUCUAUGAUGUUAGUUCACAGGAUAUAUCUGUUCAUAUUCCUUUACAUCGAUUGCUUUCUUUGCUUUUACAAAAAGCAUUGAAUAGAUGUUACGGUGAAGCUACUGAGCCAUAUAUGAUCAGUGCCAGUGCUGCUAAUCCACUUCCAGAUGUUUAUAGCGAUUUCUUUGGGCAUGUUCUAGGAGGUUGCCAUCCUUAUGGGUUUUCUGCCUUCAUUAUGGAGCAUCCUCUGCGGAUUAGGGUAUUUUGUGCUGAGGUUCAUGCUGGAAUGUGGCGGAGGAAUGGGGAUGCUGCUCUAUUAUCAUGUGAGUGGUAUCGUUCAGUUCGCUGGUCCGAACAGGGUUUAGAGCUUGAUCUGUUUCUGCUGCAGUGCUGUGCUGCAUUGGCUCCAGCUGAUCUUUAUGUUAAUAGAAUUCUAGAUCGCUUUGGGUUGUCAGAGUACCUUUCUUUGAAUCUUGAACAGUCUAGUGAGUAUGAACCAGUUCUAGUGCAGGAAAUGCUCACUCUUAUCAUACAACUAGUUAAAGAGAGGCGAUUUUGUGGACUAACAACUACUGAGAGUUUGAAAAGAGAGUUGAUCUAUAAGUUGGCCAUUGGAAAUGCUACUCAUAGUCAGUUGGUAAAAUCUCUUCCUCGGGACCUUUCUAAAAUUGAUCAACUUCAGGAAAUUUUGGAUACCAUUGCAUUGUACUCCGAACCAUCUGGCGUGAAUCAGGGGAUGUAUUCACUGCGACAGGCAUAUUGGAAAGAACUUGAUUUGUAUCAUCCUCGUUGGAACCCUAGGGAUUUGCAGUUUGCAGAAGAAAGAUAUUCACGCUUCUGUAAUGUUUCUGCAUUGACCACUCAGCUUCCCAAGUGGACAAAGAUUUAUCAGCCGCUCAAUGGAAUAGCCAGGAUAGCUACUUGCAAAGUUGUCCUUCAGAUUGUCCGUGCAGUCUUGUUUUAUGCUGUUUUCACAGAUAAAGUUGCUGCAUCACGAGCUCCUGAUGGGGUUCUUCUGACGGCAUUGCACUUACUCUCUUUGGCAUUAGACAUCUGUUUUUUGCAGAAAGAAGCCAGCAAUAGGUCAUGCCACAAUGAGGAUUCAAUUCCUAUGCUAGCUUUUGCUGGUGAAGAAAUUUUCGUGGGAGUACAUAACAGAUUUGGUGAACAUAGUUUGUUGUCACUUCUUGUUUUAUUGAUGGGGAAGCAUAAGAGAGAAAAUCCAGACAACUUCAUCGAAGCUAUCAAUUGCAACCUUUCUUCUUGGAUAGAAAGCUUAUUGAAGAAGUUUGCUGAGAUGGAUUCCAACUGCAUGGCCAAACUGCAAAAACUUGCACCCGAAGUGGUCAAUCAUUUGUUACAGUCCAAUCCAAAUGGUGAUACAAAUGCAUUGGGGUCAGCUUCUGAUGGUGAGAAACGCAAGGCAAAAGCUAGAGAGAGACAGGCUGCUAUAAUGGCAAAAAUGAGAGCAGAGCAGUCCAAAUUUUUGAAGAGCCUCGGUUCCGAUAUGGAAAACGGGUCGAGUAAAUUACAAUCCAAACAAGGAGUAUCAGACUCUGUUGUUGGACAUUAUUCGGCAGAGUUUUCACAGGAUGUUUGCUCACUUUGCCGUGAUCCCUAUUCAGAAAGUCCUGUAUCUUACUUGAUUCUUCUUCAGAAAUCUAGGCUUAAGAGUUUCGUUGACAAAGGUCCCCCAUCAUGGGAACAAGUUCCUCUGUCAGACAAGGAUUGCGUUUCUAAUUCUAAAAAUGAGGUCACAGGAAAACGCAGAACAAACACUACCUCAUGCAUUUCAGAAAGGAUUUCAUCUCCUCAGUUAGUGCAGUUGUUCCAGAAUGCAGUGAAUGAGUUAGCCUCUGAUGGUCGUUCUGGGGAAGUUGAUGCUUUUCUAGAAUUCAUCAAGACCCGGUUUCCAUCAGUUGGGAAUCUUCAACUGACCUGCACUUCUAAUGAUACAGGGGAGAGGACUUCAUACAACUUUGACACGUUGGAAGAAGAUAUGUACUUGUGUAUUCAGAAAGAGAUGUGUAAUCUCUUGACGCAUUCAAAUUUGGUAACUGAUGAGAAAUUUUCAGCUGCUGAAGGGGGUCCUAAAAGGGGUGUGAAUGCUGGAGAAGUCUUGCUUGGAAAAUAUAUAGCCACUCUUUCAAGAGCAGCAAAAGAAAAUCCUUCUGCUUCUGGGAAUGCUCAAUCUCAUAAUGAUAGGGCAAUGUCAGAAUCUACCACACUGGUUCCUGCAUAUGAUGGACUUGGCCCCUCAGAUUGUGAUGGAAUUCAUCUUUCUUCAUGUGGGCAUGCGGUGCAUCAGGGUUGCCUUGAUCGUUAUCUAUCCUCACUGAAGGAAAGAUAUAACAGAAGAAUGGUUUUCGAAGGAGGGCAUAUUGUGGAUCCUGAUCAAGGGGAGUUCCUUUGUCCUGUUUGCCGUCAACUUGCAAACUCUGUCUUGCCUGCAUUACCUGGAGAUUCUCAAAAGGGCUGGAAAAAACUGACAAUUUCUAGUGCUGGUUCCCCAGAUGCAGCUGGCUCCUUAACCACAUUGAAUGAUGAAAUCAAUUCCCUUUGCAUUCAGCAAGCCUUGUCUCUGUUGCAAAGUGCUUGCAAUGUGGUUGGGAAAGGUGAAAUAUUGAAAACCAUUCCCAUGGAAGGAAUUGGAAGAAUAGCACCAACUAUUGAACCUUUCCUUCGCAUGAUCUGUCGAAUGUAUUUUCCUGGAAAGUAUGAUAAGGUUUCAGGAUCUACAAGGGUAAGCCAGUUUAUAAUUAUGUGGGACAUUCUCAAGUACUCUCUCAUAUCAACAGAAAUUGCUUCUCGUUGUGGAAGGACUUCUACCACACCAACUUAUUGUGUCGAUUCCUUAUAUAAGGAACUCAAUUCAUCCACUGGGUUUAUUUUGACCUUGUUGCUAAGCAUUGUCCAAAGUAUGCGGAAUGAGAACCCUCAUCAUGUGCUUUUAAGAUUUAGAGGUAUUCAGCUCUUUGCAGGGUCUGUUUGCCAUGGCAUUUCUGUAGAUGAAUUUCCCAGUACUGCUUCUACACAAGGAGGUAAUAUGUUAAGUAUCUUGGAACACAUUGAAACAGAAGUAUCAUAUCCUGACAUCCAAUUCUGGAAAAGAGCUUCUGAUCCUGUCCUUGCUCAUGAUCCUUUUUCAUCAUUGAUAUGGGUUCUUUUUUGUCUACCAUACCCCUUUUUGUUAUGCAAGGAGGUUUUCUUUUCUCUUGUGCAUCUCUAUUAUGCUGUCUCUGUAGUACAGGCUAUAAUUACUUACUGUGGGAAGCAGCAAUGUAAGAUAAAUGGAUUAGGUUUCCAAGAUUGCCUGAUUACUGACAUCUCCAAUAUUGUGGGAAAAUCUGGGUUUGCUCCGCUGUAUUUUGUUUCCAGCUAUAUUGACCCUUCUUGUAAUAUUAAGGAUGUAAUUCGUAGCUUGAGUUUCCCUUAUUUGCGAAGAUGUGCAUUGCUCUGGAAACUACUGAACUCUUCUAUCACUGCACCAUUCUGUGAUAGACCUCUUGUGUUUGAUAGACCAUUCAAUGCCAUUGAUGAUAUGAUGGAUUGUACAAAUGGUGCUUUGUUGGAUCUCAUCCAUGUUGAGCAGCUGGAGAACAUGUUUAAGAUUCCCCAACUGGAUGAUGUUCUCAAGGAUGAAGCACUUCGUUCUUUAGUUCAGACUUGGUUCCAUCAUUUUUCCAAGGCAUUUGAAGUUUGUAGUCUUCCAAGCGUUUUAUACUCCACUCCAGCAGUUCCAUUUAAGUUAAUGCAACUUCCUCAUGUUUAUGAGGAUCUCUUGCAGAGGUAUAUAAAGCAGCAAUGCCCUGACUGUAAAACUGUUCUGAAUGAUCCUGUAUUGUGCCUGUUAUGUGGUAGAUUGUGCUCUCCAAGCUGGAAGCCAUGCUGCAGGGAAAAUGGAUGCCAAGCUCAUGCAAUGACCUGUGGUGCUGGUACUGGAGUAUCCCUGUUGAUCAAAAAAACCACAAUCCUGCUUCAAAGAUCCGCACGUCAGGCACCUUGGCCUUCUCUCUACUUGGAUGCAUUUGGUGAAGAGGAUAUUGAAAUGCAUAGGGGGAAGCCACUGUAUUUGAAUAAAGAGAGAUAUGCAGCUUUAAGUCAUAUGGUGGCUUCUCAUGGCCUUGACCGAAGUUCUAAAGUUCUUGGUGAAACAACCAUUGCUGCUUUUUUCCUCAUUUAGUAAAGCAAUUGCAUAAAACUUUUGUGGAGGCAGCAGAAAUGUUCAAAUAAUAUUGAUACAUGAUGGAUGAUAGUGUGCCCCAAUGUUGAAAUUGCCAUUUUUUUUUUCUUUUUAUCAUUUAAGUUGUGGCAAUAACCUAAGGAUCUUGGAUUUAGUUUCCAUGCUAUAUGGUUGGAUGUACAGUCAUUUCAGGUCAGUUUUAUGAUAUUAUAUUGUAUUUAUUUAUUUUUUGGUUUUCAUUUGUUUCUGUUAGUUUUAUUCUAUAUUAUUAUGCCAAAAUGAAUGAUUCAUUUUUUUUUAUGUUCCUUUUUAUUAAAAAUGUUUUUCUUAAGUGAUGUGGUAGAGCAGGGACUAGAAAUGCUCCAAAAUUAGCUGUGCAGUAGGAGCUAGAUCAUAGAUCUGCACAACUAAGAAUCAACCUUAGGCAAUAAAGAUAGACUUAUGUACCCAUGAAAAUCACCUAUUUGAGUCCUUAUCCAUUUUGUCUAAUUAUUGGGUUCUUUGUUGAUGGCAUGAUAGUUUCUUGGAUUUGAUAAGUAGAAAUUCUAUGUAUGGGGUUGUAAGUGCAAGGGCUAAGCCUUGGGUUAAGGGUGUGGGGUUGGUAAAGUUUCAAGGUUUAGAUGAUUUUACUUCGGCUUUUAGGAAGAGUUGUUUAGAUACAUACUAUCAAGAACAACUUAUGGGUUUUUCUUCUUGACAUCAAUGAGUUUGUUACUUUUAACAAGAGCCUAAACUUGAACUUUCUAGUUUGGUUCCUAUACAAGGAGGGGUAAAGGAUAUUAUGGGUUUAAGAGUUAUUAGUGCGAUUAGAGGCUUAUAUAAACUAUGGGAGAAAAUUUGGGCAAGUGGAUUACAUAAUGGUUUUAUGGGAAGGAGACCACUUAGAUGGCAGCUCUUAUUCUGAAUGAACCUAUUACUUCAAGAAGGGAAUCCCCUUAAGAGCAAGGCAGCAUGCAUGUUGAACAUGAUGGAACAAACUUAGCUCUCUAUGCUAAGGUUUUCAUUGCUGGUGUUUUUGUUUUUUUUGAUAAGUGAGAGUAAUGUAUUAUGAACAAGGCACUAAAAUAUGAACUUAAAAUGUACAAGAAAGAGAGACUCACCCCUUAUAGCUUAAACAAAAACCGGCCAGACAAGAUAUUCAAAAAACAACCCCUCUCUCACCGGAAACCCACCCAAUCAAUGAAAUAAAUUAGCGUCAAAGGACCAUUUUUAUAAACAAUUUAGACUCCGACCAAAGCAAAUAUACAAAAAGGGCUUUUAGCUUUUGCAAGGACAACACAGCAUCAUCAAAGACAAUCUUGUUUCUUGUCUUCCAAACUAACCAAAACUAGCAUAAAGGGCCCUCAUUUUUUUUUUUUUAUUGGAAACGGCACAAAGAUUUAUUGAUAGAAAAAAAAGUACAAAAGAAGGAUGAGGAAUCCUCCUGCCAAAGACAGCUAAACUAUAGAAAAAUACACUGAAAAACGAGCAAACGCUCUAAAAAUACCACUUCUUAUGGAGUACAUACAGCUAUCCAAUCAAGAAGUAACGCAUUAAGGGGAGUCCCCUUAAAAACCUUGGAACAAUAGGCCCAAAGAGAAGCAAGGAAAACAAUAGAGUCCCAUAGAGCCUCUGAAUUCCUUGCUUUAUCCUCAAAAAUCCUCGCAUUCCUUUCCCUCCACACAAUCCGAAUAAGAGCGAUGUUUGCAGCUUGCCACAAGGCUAUCCCCCUCUUAGACGAACCAAAUCCAUUGAAUUUGGUGUACAUCAUGUCAAGGAUGCUUCUCGGGGGAACCCAAUCCAUCUUAGCUAACUGAAAUAACCUGUGCCAUAACCCAAUCGUCAAGGAGCAAUGAAGAAAAAUAUGAUCAGCUGAUUCCCCAUGCUUCAUGCACAGAAUACAAAUAUCCGGACUAAGGGCUUUGUAGGGUCUUCUCACUUGUAGCAUGUCAUUAGUAUUCACCUUCUUGUGUGCCACUAACCAGAUGAAGGACUGCACUUUGAAAGGAAUUUGAGAAUUCCAAACGAAUUUAGAAGGAAAAACCUGAGGAGGACCAAAAAAUUGGGAUAAAGCUAGAAAGAAAGAUUUAACUGAAAAAAGCCCUGAAGAAGACAAGGGCCACAAUAUGGUAUCUGGAACCGAAGGAGAUAAAUGCACUCCAUCAAGAGAGCGCAUGAGGCCUUCUAAGUCCUCAAUCUCAGAAUCUGACAAGUUACGACGGAAAUUUAAAUUCCAAGAGAAAGGACGAGUAGGACCAAGAACUGAAGAAAUAGGUAUGUUUUUAUCCAAGACUACUCUAAAUAGACUUGGAUAUUGGGAUCCCAAAGGUUGGUCCCCCCACCACAAAUCUUCCCAGAAGCGAAUUCUUUCCCCAUUUCCUACCACAAAUCGAGUAAACGAGGAAAACUCUUGAAAGACUUGAGAAAUAGCCUUCCAAGGACAACGUUGUGACCAUCUGACUAUUGUGUUAGCAUCCCAACCAUUGGAGUGUGAACCAUAGAUGCUUAGUAUGACUUGAUGCCAUAGAGCUGAACCCUCUCUAGGGUACCUCCACAACCAUUUCCUUAAAAGAGCGAGAUUUCUUAGAGAUAUAUUCCCAAAACCCAAACCCCCUAUUUCCUUCGGUUUACACACGACAUCCCACCUGACUAAAUGAUCCUUUUUACCUUCCCCAAUCCCUGACCAUAAAAAAUCCCUCUGCAACCUCUCGAUUUUUCCAGCAACUGAAGCGGGUAACUUAAAUAAAGAAAGAUAGUAACAGGGUAUAUGGGUAAGGCAAGAUUGGAUGAGAGUUAUCCUCCCGCCGAAGGAUAGGUAUGCCUUUUGCCAACCAUCUAAUCUUCUUGAAAUUCUCUCAAUCACAGGAUCCCAAAAACCACCUGCCCUGGGGUUCCCGCCCAAAGGAAGACCCAGAUAUAGUAUAGGCCAGCCAGAAGCCUUGCAUCCAAGUGUCUCAGCCAAUCUUGAAAUAUGAGCAUGAUCCAAAUUGAUGCCAUAAAUAUUACUCUUGUCUAAAUUGACCUUAAGUCCAGAAAUAUGCCCAAAUGCUAACAAAAGACUCUUGAGAGUCUGCAAGUCUUCCUCCCUAGUGUUAGAAAAGAAGAUGGUGUCAUCGGCAAAUUGCAAAUGAGAUACCCUAGUUCUAUUUCUACCCACCCUGAAACCCUCCAACAUAUUUCUCUCCUCUGCUCUCACAAGCAUCCUACUCAAUACAUCUGCUACUAAAGUAAACAAAAAGGGGGAUAAAGGGUCUCCUUGUCUUAAUCCUCUCGAUGCCUUAACCCAACCUUUAGCGCUACCAUUCACCAAUACUGCAUAAGAUACCGAGGACAAGCAUCCAUUCAUCCAUUUCCUCCAUUUAGGACUAAACCCCUUCUUCUCCAACACUUGAUCUAAAAAAUCCCACCUUACGUGAUCGUAAGCCUUUUCAAAAUCAAUUUUAAAGACGACUCCUUCCUCCCCUGAUCGUCUUCUCUCAUCCACUAUCUCAUUUGCCAUCCAUUAUUUGUCUCCCUUGAACAAAAGCUCCUUGAGUAGAAUGGAUGGUUUCAUGUAAGACCCCUCUUAGACGCCCUGAGAGCACUUUGGCUAUUAUCUUAUAGAGACUAGUGAUCAAACUAAUGGGUCUAAAGUCUGAGAUUUUCUUUGUCGUACUCUUUUUGGGCAAAAGAACAAUGAAAGAGGCAUUAGUGCUUUGAUUGAUAACUCCGCUCCUAUGAAACUCUGCAAACACUCUCACUAAAUCCUCCUUAAUCACAUCCCAGCAGUCUUGGAAUACUGCAAUAGUAAAGCCAUCAGGCCCCGGAGCCUUGUCCCUAUCCAUUUGAAAUAUGGCCUUAGAAAUCUCUUCUUCUGUAAAAGGGGCAACCAAACUUAUUGCACUUUCUUCCGAAAUAGGAGACCAAUCUAAACCUUCAAUACUCCAAGACUCUCCUAUAGGAUUCGCGUAGAGUUUUUCAAAGUAGAGUAAGAUCUCCUCUGUGAUGCUCGCGGCAUUAUUCAACACUAAGCCCGUUUCAUUUUCCAAUGACUUGAUAUACUUCCUAUUUCGCCUACCAUUAGCCACUUUAUGAAAAAACUUAGAAUUGCAAUCCCCUUCCUUAACCCAUUUCACCCUAGCUUUUUGUCUCCAAUGGAUUUCCUCCCUCAAAAUUAAAUCCUCUAGCUCCCCUUUUCUUAAGGCUCUUUGACCCAACAAUUCAGAGGUGAGACCCCCAUCCUGCUCGAUGGCGUCUAGGUUAGCUAAAUCCUUGAGGAUACUUUUUUUCUUUUCAUUAAGCACUCCAAAAGAAAGCUUAUUCCAUUCCUUCGCUUUGGCUUUAACAAAUUGUAAUCUCCUCAUGAACUUGUGGCCUUCCCAUCCGUUUCCUUGAAAACCCCUCCACCAAUUUCUAAAGUUCUCCUUGAAACUAGGAUGUUGCAGCCACAUGUUCUCAAAUCUAAAAGGAGUUGGGCCCCACGUGAACGGAUUGGUAUCCAAAGCAAUUGGCCAAUGAUCCGAGGUCCUUCUGAUAAGGGUUUCUUGAAUGCCUUGGGGAAAUAGUUGCCCCCACUCAUUUGAGUAAAGAAAACGGUCUAAUCUCUUGCACACGGGAGACUCUUGCAUAUUUGACCAAGUGAAAGAUGCGUUCCUAAGAGGUGGAUCAAGUAAUUCACUUUCACUAAUAAAACUAUCAAAGUCCCUCAUGCUUGAAGUUAGCCUAGAGCCCCCCAAUUUUUCUGAACUUCUCCUUAUGACAUUAAAAUCACCGCCCACACACCACAACGGCAAAGUUAGACCACAAAUGUCAUAAAGUUCCACCCAAAAAUCCUUCCUAAGAGAGGGACUAUUUGGACCAUAAACUGCAGAAAUCCAAAGAGGUCCACAUCCCUCCAAGGCGAAUUUGACCGAUAUCGAGAAAGAGCCUAAUACCACCUCCUCCUUGCUCAACUUUUUUGAGUCCCAAAUGAACAAAAUCCCACCAGAAGCCCCACACGCCGGGAGAAAAACCCAAUCCUUAUUUCUGACCGUCCAUACACUGCCCACUAGCCUUCUGUCGCACUUCUCCUUUUUUGUUUCCUGAAUCAUCACAACAUCCGGCUUCUCUAACCUAAGGAAAUCUUUAAUCACUCUUCGCUUAUUACUUGAACCCAAACCCCUAACAUUCCAACUGAUGAUUUUCAUGGAAAAACACGCAGGCCCUAACCCUCCAAACCAAAUCCACCUGAAUUCAAACGCCUAUGGACCUCUAUUCUUCCUCCUAGAGUACACCUUAAUGUCCAGAGAGCUUAGGACCUCACGUACUUUAGCCAUUUUCCUGGGGGACAGGCCAUCUAUAAGAAAGUCUUCCGGCGGGGAUGCCUCAUUAACCCCCGGACUGCCUGGCAUCAGGUUAGAAGACUUCCCAGGGGUGGAACUCUCGGACAUCUGGUUAAAAACAGCUUUCUGAUUCUCCUCCUCAACAUGGACAGGGAUGCCAACAAAAUUUAAUGGGCCACCAUCGCCUAUUUCGGGAAAAAUUUUGAAUUUACCUUGAUUUACCGAAGGAGACUGGGAAAGAAUUUCUGAAUAUGGGAGAUGAGGACCGGAGGGACACGGAAGAUUCAUUGCCAGAUUACAGGACGGGGAGGAAUAAGGCUCGGGUGGCUGAGAAGAAAAAGGCUGACUUACCUCCAAGCUUUCCACUCCCGGAACUUCACAAUUUCCUCCCAAAAUGAUGUCUUUACCUCUGGUUCUUGGAAUAGAAGGUGACACCGUGACUGAAGAGCUACCAGGAUCAUACCCCGCUCAUUCCAAACCACCAUAUGCUUCUUACCCACAAAAGCCCCUUUCCACCCCUAGAGGAUUUCCCUAACUGAGGAAGGAAACACCCAAUUCACUCCAAAUAGAGUAAAGAACAACUUCCACACUUCCCUUGUUUUUUCGACACCAAUUGGAUUUUUUAUUCUGGUAAUCUAACUCCAAUCGAAUUUUUUAUAUUUCAAGAAGCUUAACUACCUUCCCUUUAUUUGUUUGUACAUCUCAUGGUAGCCUUAAGUUGUUUCAUCUAGGGUAUUGAUUAUAGGCCUCAUUAGUAGUUUAAGGUAGUGGAGAGAGAGGGGGUUGGAUCAACAUUAAGUUUUUUGCUAAUUCGUAACUUCUUUUUUGUGAUAUCACUAGAAUCAGCUAAUGUUUUUGAAAUGGAUUUUUAUUUGUUUUGAGGUGUUGUUUGGCCUCAAAUUCAAUUUAGAGAAGAUUGAAUCUAUCCCCAUGGAUGUUACUCUGAAGGUUUAGAAAGACUUCAAGGUUCAACCAGAUUUUCUAACUUAAAUUCGUACUGUUUUGCUAAAGUUGGACCCUAGAUUUUAUUACUCAAAAGGAAAUGGAACUGAUGGGGUUCUAUUGCAGUUGUCGCCAUUAGUCUUUUGAAUGUCAAUGUUAUUUCUUUUGUGUCAUUUAGAGGGUUUUCAUAGCAUUUGUCUGUAGGGCUUAAUUACGGAUGUGGAUACUAGAUCUAAGAUCAAAUAUUCAGAUGAAGUGCACUUAGGUAUCAAAUGAAUGACAUGGAGAAAGGGUUCUAAUUGUUUCUUCUUUGUCAUCACACUUAUGUUGUUUUUCCCUGUGUGUUAUUUUCUUUGCAAAGGUUUUAAGAUGCUUUGGAUCUUUUAAGGAUGGUAUUUUCCCCCUUUUUCCGUUGGUGGCUGAUAUAAUCAGCUGGACCCAGGUGAUCCAUAAUUGUAGUCGAUUUUGGAGUUUUUUUGGCAGGCACUCUCCCUUGUUCUUUGAUUCUUGUGGAUUCCCCCAACCACAAUCCCCCACAAACCCCACCCACCCUUGCAAUUGGAACCCUUUUGGCUAUGUUUGGUUUCUGGAAAAUUUGAGGGAAAGAAAAUAGAGUGAAAAAGUAGAAAAAUGAAGGAAAAUAAAAAAUAGAUUUAAAAUCAAUAAAUUAUAUUUAUAUGUUAUUUCAAACUCAUUUAACUUAUUUUAAUUUUUUGAUAUAAAAAUUAAACAAUUUGAAAAUGCAUAAAUUUCUAACUAAAUUGAAUUAUAUUUGAUUUUCUUUUGUAGUUUACAUAUUACAAUCAAACAUAAGAAAAUCAUUUUCCUUAACAUUUUUUUUCCCUUACAUUCUUUCUAAAAACCAAUCAUAACCUUUAUAUCUAAGCAAAUUGCAUGUGCAUUAAAUAUGGAGUUGAAUUUUUCCACUUCUUUUUUGGGCUGCAAAUCAUUGUGUGAUGAUCUGGUGUUUUUUCUAUUUCUUCUUAAUUUUGUGGGUAGGGUUUUUUUUUUCCCUCAGAUAUGUUCUUGUUUUAUCCUUGAAUUGUAUAGCUAUAUUGUUGCUCUUUUUAGGUAAUUCUCCCUCCUUUUUUGAUCAUCCUUGUGUGUUUUUUGUAACAUUGCUCAUUCUUGGCUUGUAUUGGUUUCUUACAAAUCUUAUUCAUCUCUCACCCAGUUUUUAUUUUGGCAGAUAUCAUGUAUUCUUCCUCUGGGUUGAAAUUUUGGUCAUAAUGAUGGAUUUG